UCUUGAGUGCUCGGUGGAGGCAGUAAUGGUAAUUUCAGUCAGAUGCUUCCACGACUCCAAAACGUCUAACUGCAUGUGAUUUGACGCGUAUUUGCGACGUCACCCACCACAGCACCUCCUCACCACUUCCUGUCCCACUUCACGGCCCAAAGACUUUGUUUGAGAGACUCCGAGGAGUUCAGGAUGGCGUUCUGGGGGGCAUCGGGUCUUCUAGUGUUGUUGGUGCAGCCUGCAGACGCCAUGUUGACGCUGUACGACCCCAGGCUGUGCUACAUCCUGGACGGCUUCCUCGGUCUGUACGGCCUGGUCAUCACGGCCAUGUUCAUCAAGGAGAAGUUCUUCAAAACAAAGACGGCGGCUGGCGGCGCCGGCACGGGCGGAAGAGGCCAAAGGGACGACGGCGAAUUGCAGCUGAGAGGAGACCCGGAGAGAGGACGUAACCGCCGGAAUAAUGAUAACUCGACAUACACGCACUUGAACAGAAGAACAGAAGAUGAGUACAAAGAACUUCCUGUAAAUAGAGAACGACCCAGAAAAAAGGAUCAGGUUUACCAGGGUCUCAGCAGAGCAACCAGAGAGACCUACGAGGCCCUCCAGAUGCAGCCGUUGCAAACCCGCUAGAAAGAUGGCGUGCUCGCCCCUUCCCAUGUCCAAGCAAUCUCCUGUUUUAUGUCAUUUUACGAUACAUAGGAUGAGCAUCAUGAGCAUUAUAAACAUUGGCCUUAUUUCUGUUUCAUCUUUUUUUCCCCUCCAGCGUGUAUACAAAACAGAACAGUCCAAUUAAUGUAUACAUUUAAAUGUCUUGCUUUCGGUCAAUAACAACAA